GGACCCGGUUAGACGUAGACGACUGUGUGGCGGUAACGCCCGGGGGAAUACUUGUGCUGCACCUUAACAAGGAAACCUACCAGACAUUAGGUCUCGAGGGGCAGCUGUCGCAGUUUGCUCGGAAAAGACGUAGCAAGUACGUUCAUCGUGCACCUCAACGUAAAAAUGCCUCGACUUGGUCAACCCACAAGGCUGGAGAUGUUGGCUCUGAAACAAAGUUCCGUAUGGCUUUGUCACAUUGCCGAACUGCUCAUGCCCAUAAUGCUGCACCUUACAAAACGUGAUAGCAACGAAGCGCAGCGCUUUCUCAAGGCUGUCGUUUUCGAGCUGCGAGAUCAGUAUGAUCACUGCAUACCGACGCAUCUGUUCGAUGAGAUGGGAGCCGAACUAAUCAGUCAGAUAUCGGACUUGAUUGAGCGGGUCAAGCAGGCUCAGGAUAUUCGAGCGUCGAUGGCGCGAUUUCUCUGCCAGGUGAAUGUGGCCAUUGCGAUGAGUGAAGUUCUGCUGUCUAGGAAACUACGGAGCUUGAAGAUAGACGAAAUGCCAAAGAUGAUGCGACACGUAUUUUACAAUAAAAUGUCGGAUCUGAAGGGUCUGCGUUAUCUCAGCUUAGGGUCCAUGAGCGGAGGAUGGAAAACACACGAUAUGCAGGACACCAUCACGUCAGGACUGGCAACGAUGAGAAAUCUAACCGGUUUAACGUUAAAUUACGACUGCACCGAUACAAUCCUAUUCAAAUUGGUCAAUUGCUGUCCGUUGUUGCAGUAUGUGGAUUUCUCAAACUCAAAGUAUGUUACAAACGAUAGCAUACCAAUAUUGACAAAACUCAAGCAUUUGAGAGUCGUUAACUUGUUACGUACUCAGGUGACAAUUUCCGGUAUGAUAGAACUGUUGGUUAAAGCUAAAAAUCUCGUUGACAUCGGACGUUACGAUGAAAUCGGACGCUGCCUAGAGUUUAUCGACCAAAACUACCCGCAAAUAAGUUUUUUGAAGCUACAAAAAUUUGAGACACGUUUUGCUACGACUCGUCAUAUUCAACUGCUGUCCGAAAUGUGUCCCGACGUGUAUCACGUGUCCAUCUUCCACAAUAUGUUGCUGCUGGAUUUGAUGGCUGUUAUUGCACUGAAUAAUCUGACCGAGCUCUACCUACUUUCUUGUGACUUUUUUGCCGACCAAGUGCGUGAUGUGUUAGAAGUUAAAGGAUGUAAUCUUACCCAUCUUCAUCUGGAGCACGUGGAACAAAUAGACAUGAACGCACUGGUCUACAUCAGCCAGUACUGUCCGGAUUUAAAAACUUUGUCGCUGUACAAUUGCGUUAUGAUCCCAUCCACGUCCAUGUACACCAGGCGUUAUGCCAUUCCACCCUUUAUGAAUCUGGAAAGGCUGUUCUUCGUCAGCGAAUGUCGUUUCCAGCAUCUGGAAUUUAUUCUGGUAACGGCACUCAAGCUCAAGUUUCUACAAUUGGGAACGCAAACCUACACGAGUGACGAAAUGUUCGAGAGAAUCUUUCUCCGGAACACCUUUCAGCAUCUGGAGGACAUCCGAAUUAUACACUCGGAUGAUUUGACCAUUGAAACGGCCUAUCGGUUUAUAGAGAACUGUCCCAAGUUGACACUGUUGAACGAAAUCGAAUGCUGGAAACUGGUUCGGCCCUACGAGAUAGUUCAGCUGCGGCAAAUGUUAAGGGAGAAGAACAUAGCCGUAAUGACCGAACCGCUUCGUAAAUAUGCCCCACAGGAAUGAGGGUUGCUUCAAGAUUUUAUAUGCCAUAUUUUUUGUUAAGUGUUAAUAAAAAUUAAUUUGAAUUUUUGAAAAA